GGUGACGUUUUCGCAUACGUCGAUAUGUUGAUGUCAGAGGGAAAUUUUUCUCCAGAGCUAAAAUAUCUUCGCAAUAUUCUUUCGCAGUCGGAAAAAUCGGGGUGGAAAUGUUCUGAUUUGUGCGUAUAAUCGAGUGCAUUCGGUGUGAACUUGUUCACUGAGGUGAACUGGACACAAAGACAGUGGAUUACGAGUAUAUUUGCUGCGGAAAAUCCAGUAAAUAUUUGCUUUUCGGUAGGUGAUAAGUACCGUUUGUCUGCAUCAAGAAGCUUCUCGGAAGUUUGGCGAAGGAGGAGGAACCAUUUCACCGUAGAGCGGAGGAUCGUGUGGGAGUGCGGGUGGAAGUCCUGCCUGCCUGCAGUAGAGAUAAUUCACGGGGAGGCAGAGCUGGAGAGGCAUACAAACGCUGCUUCCUGAACAAGUGGUCUGAUUUGUUUGCAUAGAUUUACGACUUGGCCUAGAUCGGUUCUUUCGGAAGGAAGGAAAGAAAAGGGGCUCAAGGAAGUACCAACAAAGAUGAGUUUAUCCAGUUGCUGCCGUUCGUCGCUUGCCGGCUUCAUGCUGGUAGUGAUGGUCAUUUGCGGAACGGUGGAUGGAUUCUAUUUGCCCGGAUUGGCCCCCGUCAAUUACUGCCGGCAGUCGGAGAUGCAGAAAUCAUGCAAGUCCGAGGUGGUAUUGUACGUGAACCGACUGAAUACCGAGGAAUCCGUCAUCCCAUACGAGUAUCAUCACUUCGAUUUCUGUCCAAUUGACGAAGCCAACUCGCCGGUGGAAAAUCUUGGACAAGUGGUGUUCGGUGAACGCAUCCGUCCAGGGCCGUACAAAAUUGAUUUCCUCGAGCAGAAAACCUGCGAGAAGGCCUGCACUCGAUACUACGUAGGCGGCGAUCCGGAAAGUGACCGUCGAUUGAUGAUCCUGAAGAAGGGAAUGAGCUUGAACUACCAGCAUCACUGGAUCGUCGACAAUAUGCCCGUUACGUGGUGCUAUCCGUUGGACAAUGACCGUCAGUACUGCAGCACUGGCUUCCCAAUGGGUUGUCUGGUACGACGUCACCCGGAUGGAGACGAGGGUUGUAUGGUGAACCCGAGCUAUAACCGAGCUGGAUAUUAUUAUCCCUUCAAUCACGUUGACCUGACAAUCACUUUCCAUAGUGGAGCUACGGAAGAAUGGGGAGUUGCCUUCAAGCAAAACGGUGGCCGUAUUAUCUCAGUCAAAGUUGUUCCAUCGUCUAUCAACCAUAAAAAUCCCGAUCAACCAGACUGUUCCAGCAAGGAACCGAUUGAAAUUCCAUCGACUGCCCUACCCAAUGGUCAGAAAAUGAACAUCACCUACACAUACUCGGUUCAUUUCGUGCAGAACAACACCAUCAAAUGGUCCUCGCGCUGGGAUUACAUUCUGGAAUCGAUGCCCCACACCAACAUUCAAUGGUUCAGCAUCCUGAACUCGCUGGUGAUUGUGCUGUUCCUGUCCGGUAUGGUGGCCAUGAUCAUGCUGCGAACACUGCACAAAGAUAUCGCCCGCUACAACCAAAUGGACUCCGGAGAGGAUGCGCAGGAGGAAUUCGGAUGGAAGUUGGUGCAUGGGGACGUUUUCCGACCACCACGCAAGGGAAUGCUGCUGUCGGUGCUGCUCGGAUCCGGAGUGCAGGUGUUCUGCAUGUCUUUGGUUACGUUGGCCUUCGCCUGCCUGGGAUUCCUUUCGCCGGCCAAUCGCGGAGCUCUGAUGACCUGCGCUAUGGUGCUGUUUGUGCUGCUAGGAACUCCCGCCGGAUACGUCUCGGCUCGCAUCUACAAGAGCUUCGGAGGAAUCAAGUGGAAGAGCAACGUCCUGCUGACGUCCAUGCUCAGUCCUGGAAUUGUUUUCGGACUCUUCUUCGUGAUGAAUCUGAUCCUGUGGAGCAAGGGAAGCUCUGGAGCCGUUCCAUUUUCGACACUGAUUGCCCUGCUGGCCCUGUGGUUUGGAGUAUCGGUGCCGCUUACCUUUGUUGGUGCUUACUUUGGGUUCCGUAAGAGGUCUCUGGAACAUCCAGUGCGCACCAACCAGAUCCCGCGCCAAAUUCCGGACCAAUCGAUCUACACCCAACCGAUCCCCGGCAUCAUCAUGGGUGGCGUCCUGCCGUUCGGUUGCAUCUUCAUCCAGCUGUUCUUCAUCCUGAACUCGCUCUGGUCCAGCCAAAUGUACUACAUGUUCGGUUUCCUGUUUCUGGUGUUCUUGAUUCUGGUCAUCACCUGCUCAGAAACGACCAUCCUGCUGUGCUAUUUCCACCUGUGUGCCGAGGACUACCACUGGUGGUGGCGAUCGUUCCUGACCUCGGGCUUCACAGCGGUCUAUCUAUUCAUCUACUGCUGUCACUACUUUGCAACCAAGCUGCAGAUCGAGGACGCCGCCUCGACCUUCCUGUACUUUGGCUACACACUGAUCAUGGUGUUCCUGUUCUUCUUGCUGACGGGAUCGAUAGGUUUCUUUGCUUGCUUCUGGUUCAUUCGCAAGAUCUACAGUGUCGUGAAGGUGGACUAAGCAGCAACCAAUUAUUGCCAGGGCCAGGAGUGAGUGCAGUCAAUCAGAAGAUCCCUUUCGAAAUUCCUCCCCUCUAUAAUAUUCUUUAUUCUCUAUUUUUGAGAUAGUUUAAAACGUACGUCUAGACGAUAAGAUUAUUAUUUAAAAAAUAACAAACUGAAGCACAUUACUAGCGACGAAAGAUUGCAAAAGAAUGAAACGAUGCACUUAAAUGAUUGAUUUUAAGCAACACAGGUUGACAAAGUGAAUAGGUGAAAUACCUGAAUUAAACAAAAAAAAAACCGUUAAUUUUCUUCACAAGACGAGAAAACCGUGAUAACAGCAGCACCUUCCAAAAAGAAAGCAAAAGAGCAGGACAAAAAUGAUUUAGCAAUGAUAUGCGCAAAGAAAAUUAAGAAACACAAGGAUUGAUCGGAGGAGAACAUGUGUGUGAUUACUUUUAGUAGUAUAAUAUCAAAAAACGAUUAAAUGCCUUCUUUUCUGUUUAAUUAUUUAAACUUACUAAGUACAGGAAGGAUAACACGAGAAAAAAACACUAAUAAAUCUGUAGUAGCCGUAAAUUAGUAUCUGUUAGGUAUGUAUUAUACUUGUAAUUGGAUGGAUUAACUGACAGAAGAAAGUAUUAAUGGGAGAAAACCUAAUUGGAUUUAUUACAAAAGCAUUUGGUUUGUAUUUGGAUAUUCCCAUUAACGAAAACUAAAUCCCAUUAUUUUGGGAUCAAUAUGCGUUGUACAGUAGAGGUACGGUUCAAGACAGUUCCUGGGCAAACCUCGUUUGAAAUUUCGUUCAAAAAUACAUACGGGAAACCCCCGUGCAAGAGUAAA